AAGAUGUUGCUUACAAUCUACUGUUAUCAACACUCUAGACUACUCACCGCGCGAAUGACUAAACUGAUAUUAUUAUUGUUGUUGUUGUUGUUGUUGAAUCGGAAACAGUCGAAGACACUAUAAUACCACAAGGUACGUACGAUCCCUGUGGACAUGACGUAAUCUUUGUGGCUACCGAUCCGUCCGCAGCGACGCAUCGUACUGACGGGCACAAACGACGAUCUUCGGCGUCGGUGGCGGUGGUGGAGAUGGUCUAAUGACCAACCGUAUUGUGAUUACUAACUAUUGAGUAACCGGUAAGAUCAGGAUAAUAUUUCCUAUCGUCGACCGUCGUUACCGCGUCCGUCUCAUGGAUUUUUGCGCGGUGGAUUGAAUCGGCGGAAAAAAACUUACGUACCGAGCGCUACUCGACACAAAUCGGAAGAGAUAAAGUAGGAACACCUAGCGCGAAAUAUUUUUGGAAAGACAACACCCAAACACCGGUUUCACGUACCAUCGCACGUGCUUUUGUUUCGACUAUUCCGAGUGAUGUGGUGGCGAAUAUAGUCCUGUGCGGAAGAAAACGCCUCUAUAGUGGUCUGGUGAAACCGUAGCAAUGAGCGAUUUCUCUGUGCGCAUGUAUACAAAAACCAUGGCAGCGGCGGCCAUGCGUCGAAACUGUUGUUGCUGGAAACGUGUCAGGGUGUUACUCGUGUGUUCUGUCAUCCUGUUUGUCCUGGUCAACGUGAUACUGACUUUGCUCACCGCUAACCACCAUGUUGACCCUGCAACUUCUGCAGUAGGUAUUGGUUACAACAACAGUAGUAAAUGGGUUCAAGGUGAUACAGCAAAGUACAUAUCUAUAGAGGUACUGUCUAGUAAAAACCGCGUGAGGAUAUGUGUUGACGAUGCAACGGUGAUUGAUGAUAGUGAUCCAUUAAACAAUAGAGGCAUGCAUGUUGUUGUCUUGAAUCAACACACUGGUAUGGUGAUGGCUCAACGGGUAUUUGAUACAUACAUGGAUGAUGAACCGCUCAUUGGUUUUUUGCAUCGUGUGUCCUCUGGCCGUAUAAUGAUAUUUGCUGUUAAAGAUGAAGCAUCAUUCCACCUCACCAACGAAGGUAGGCGUGCUAUGCAAAUGCAUACUGGCGCAAGCGGUGCUAGUGCUAGUAGAAGUGGAUCUGGAUCUGCUGCAGGUGGAUCAUUGUGGCUGUAUGAACUUGGUUGGCGUGAUAUGUGGGCAAUGGUAGCCAAACAUCAUAACAAUGAUCCAGAAGGAGAGAGAAAUGUUGAUGGUAUUGGUGGUCGUGUAUACGGAGAGAGCUAUAAUAGCAACCCGAGCUUAGUCUUACAACAUAAUAGUAAGAGUGUACCAGCUAUAUCUUCUUGGGGCACUGAUGUUUUACUGCGCGUACAAGUUCCACUUGAUGUAAAUCGUAGUCAUAACAAUCAAAAUGACGAGUGGUGUGAUUCGUGGAUAACAGCUGGUGCUUCCGAAGAUAACAAUGAUGAUGGUGGUGAUUUUGUGGACAGUGGCUCCAUUAUUGAUGAUGAUGUUAUAGUUGAAUCACCACUGGCACGGCGACAACGAUUCUGUAGCCGUAUCGAGGGCUAUGGUGAUGUAUGUAGCUGCGUACAUCCUGCUCCUCUAGACUUCCAUCCAUUGCCUAUACCUGAUUCAAAUAUUGACAGAGUGCCUGUGGUAAUAGUAGCUGGUAAUCGAGCUGACUAUCUUUACAGGACACUAAAAUCUGUGCUGAAUGCUCGAGGUGUUCAACGACAUAUGGUUACUGUUCAUGUAGACGGAUAUUAUGAUGAACCAGUUGAAGUGGCUCGGCUGUUGGGUGUGAGGGCUGUGCAACAUAUGCCUGCUGUAGGAGAUUCGGCCAGUGGUGUUGGUGGAGGGCAAAUUGCAAGCAAUUCUAAUUCACGUCGCCGUCGAGUAACACAGCAUUAUAAAUCAGCCUUAACAAACACAUUUGGUUCACUGUUCCCACAGGCUGAUUAUGCUAUUGUGUUGGAAGACGACCUUGAUGUUUCCGUUGACUUUUUUAGCUUCUUCAGUCAGACUCUUCCACUAUUGGCAGUAGCUGACGACUCUACAGAUGGUGGUAGUGGUUCUGGAUCGCUGUACUGUGUGUCUGCAUGGAAUGACCAGGGAUAUGAGCAUACUGCUAGUCGACCAGAUGUUUUAUACCGGGUCGAUUGGAUGCCAGGAUUAGGAUGGAUGCUUAAAAGAUCCUUGUACAAAGACCAAUUAGAAUCAGAAUGGCCAACAGUAGAAAAACCCUGGGAUUGGGAUAUGUGGAUGCGAUCAACUAAAGUUCAGCGUGGUAGACAAUGUAUAGUACCAGAAGUUAGCAGAACAUAUCAUUUUGGAUCAUCUCGUUCUGUUAACGUGAAUCCAUACUUUCAACGUACAUACUUUGGUCGUCACGCAUUCUACAACCCUAAUGCUGCUACAAAUGGAGGAAGUGCUGGAUCUCAUAGUGGUGGAACUGGAGGAGAAUAUGAUGAUGGAGGGGGCCUGAUUCGUUUUAAAAACAUUGACAAGAUGACUCGAAUAGCAUACCUUGGGUGGAUGGAACGUAGGAUCAUGACAGAAGGCCAACUGUUAGACCACAGUAGGUGGCCAUGUCGAAAAAAACAGUGGAAUAAUGAAGGUAGAAGACAUAAUGAUAACAGAAGAAUGCAGGAUGCCGGAAACAGAAACUAUUAUCAAUCAGAUGAAGAAUUUUUUGUUAUUGAUGAAAUGAUGAAUAGUGAUAAUACAAUUAGGUCUAAGAAAUUAUUUAUAUUAUAUAUAAAAAUGGAAGAUCCAUCUGGUGGCAAUAGAAAUACAGCAAAUGUUGCUUGGACUCCUUUGGCAAAGUGCCUAGGUAUAUGGGACUUAGACAUUAGAGGGCAUUACAAGGGACUGUGGCGGCUAUAUCUUAAUACAGAUAAUCAAGAUGACGGAACAAAUGCAGAUGAAGAAGGAAUUCCAACACAUAUUAAAAGCGGUUCUGAAUUAUUUAUCAUAAGUUGCCCAUUUUCACACUUUUGCAAAUUCAAGCCAAUGAAUGUUACUGCUUUAUGGUACAAUAGUAUUGGUGUUGGUGAAGAUGACGAUGGUGGAGACGAUAUGCUGUAGGCUUAAACUGCCGAGGAUAAGAAAACUACUUUUUUAUGUAGUUAUUACCAUUAUAUUAUAUAUUACAUAUCUAUGUUAAAUGUUUACAAUUACAAUUUUAUAAUGUUUUUACUAUUGUAUAAUUUUAAUCAUCUCAUUUAUUAUUAUUUUGUAAAAACAUACUUGUCUAAUAUUGUCAUAGACUUAUAGAAAUAAACAUAGGUUUAUUGAGUAUGAUAAUGCCUGGCAAGCUUAUUACGAGGCUCCUAAUCUAAUUAAUGUUUUGAACAAUCACUCUAAUUGGCUGUCCUUGGAACAAUACUUCCGUUUCUCUCACUUUUAUCAUACCAGUACCUAACCUAUCUCUCUUGAUCUGUUUGGCAUAACCACGCCUCCCAACUCUCAGGGCAAAUGUUCCGUUUAAUUCUGUAAUUCUAUAAUCAUUUUAUAUGUUUUAUUUUAAGUUUUAUGUACAUUUCUUCCAGUUCUAACUAAAGAAAACUGCCGACAUAGUAUUUUAAACCUAAUUUGUAAUGUAGAGACUGCUUCAAUUUCUUAUUUGAUUUAAUUUUCCUAGCUAAAGCUGGGUUCUCAUGAAUUGUGUUCUUGCCAAAAUUUGUCACUUUUGGAUGUUAAAAAUACCAUUGAAAUGGUACACGUAUAUAAUAAAUUACUUGUGACUGGUGUGUUUCCAGAAAACGUAGCAUUUGUUAAAGAAAAAGCAAAUAAUAUACUUUUUGAUGUACUUGACAAAUGUGCUAAUUGUUGGAACAUUAUGAAUGAAACUAUGUGAAUUACUGGCCCAUAUGAUUAUAGGUGUAUUUGGCAAGUAUACCAAUCAUAGGAACCCAACUUUAAAAGUAAACUGUGGGAUUUUCACUUUAUUAACUGUAUAAUAUAGAUAUAUUAUAUUUGUUAUUUUAUGUCAAGAAUAACACAAUGAUUAACUAAUUAUUUUAUUGUUUUUAAUGUGUUUAUGAAAAAUUUGUUUUAUAUUGACCUCAAAGAUAAAAUAUGUUGUAUUUUAUUGUUAUUUUUAAGUUAAAGUUAAAUUAUAUUUUUAUAUUAAGGUUGUAGAGACUGCCCCCAUCCCAUUAAUUUGUGUAUAGUUUUUAUUUUUAAUAAAACUGACAUUAAUAAAUGUUUUUUAUUACUGUCUUAUUAUAUUUUUUGUUCAUACAUAGACUACAAUUUAAGUAUAGCAAUAUAAACACCAUUUUUAUAUAAUA